AACCACAGACAGACCGUUGUAUUGGCAUUCGUGAAUACAAAAACCAAGCUAUUUUUCUGGUAUAAUUUUUAGUAAAAUACAAAAAUCAAGACCUGUGACAAUGAUAUGUAUCCUGUUAGUAGCUGGUCACGGCACUUUUUUGGAGACGCAGAUUAAGAUGGAUGUGACAGGGCUGUACAGCCACCUGGCAGGGGUUCCCAAGGCCCUGCUUCCUGGAGUGGGAGGGAAGAAGAUCCUGGACUUCUGGUGGGAGACGGUCAACACGAGGCAGCUGUUCAGUGAAGUCUUCUUGGUUACCAAUGCAGACAAGUAUAAGCACUACGAGCGCUGGGCAACAGCUAAUGACUUUCCGGUGGAGAAUGUGGUGAAUGACGGCAGCACAACGCUGGAGGGCCGACUGGGUGCCGUGGCCGACCUGGAGCUGGUGAUCCGUAGUCGCAAGCUACAUGAUGACAUCAUGGUGAUCGCAGGUGACAUGCUGUGUGCCGACCAGAACUUUGACAUUGCCCAGGUGCUCCGGUUCUUCAAGUCCAAGCCAGGGGAGCUGGCCAUCUACUAUGAACUGGAGGAGGGAGAGAAGAGCAGCUCGCGGGGCAUCGUAGAGGUCUGCCCCAACACACACAGGGUAACUCGGUUCCUGGAGAAGCCUCUGGAGGGAGUAGCAGAGUCCCGUCUGGCCAGUGUGGUGUUUUACUGCCUCCGCUCUGCCACUCUGCCCUUCAUCUCCAACUUCCUGUCCCUGCAGCCACACGUCACCAACAGGAGCUUUGGGUGCUUUUGGGAGUGGCUCAUCAACGAGGAGCAGCUUCCUGUGUUCGGGAUGAAGCUUCCCACAGGCUUCCAGUUGAUUGGCCAAGUGGGGCUAUCAGACUAUACCAAAUGGCUGGCUCUCUACUCUGCCAAACAGCAGAACUCUCCAGCCAAGUCAAUCAUCUGUCGCUCCUAUGCCAGAGUUGGACUGAUAGGAAACCCCUCUGAUGGUUUCCAUGGGAAGACAAUCGCCAUGUCGAUCUCCAACUUCUGGGCUGAGGUCACACUGGUGGAGAGUCAGACUCUGGUCCUCAUGCCUCAUCCCCUCAACGACCCCACAGAGUUUGGGAGCCUGCAGGACCUGUUCUGCAUCAGCCGCAAGGAGGGCUACCUGGGAGGGCUGCGUUUGCUUCAAGCCACCUGUAAGAAGUUCUACCAGUUCUGCUCCAAACAAGGGAUUGCCCUUACCAAGCAGAAUUUCACACUCAAAUACGACACCAACAUUCCCCGGCAGGUGGUGAGUGAUUGUUUGAUGUCCAACCAGGGCUUGGCUGGCAGUAGUGCCAUUGUGUCUGCCACCCUGAAGUGUCUGAUGAGCUUCUACAAUAUCACAGAGCGGGAUCUUCCUAAGCCAACCAGAGCAAACUUCAUCCUGAAUGUGGAGACAGACGAGCUGUUCAUCACGGCUGGAUUACAGGAUAGAGUCGUUCAGGUUUAUGAAGGUUUGGUCUACAUGGACUUCAGCAAACAGCUAAUGGAUGAUCAGGGCCAUGGUGAUUACGUUUCCAUGGAUAUGAGCAGUUUGCCGCUGUUCUGGCUAGCUUACCUGAGUGACCCCAGCGACUCUGGCCGUAUCCAUAGCAACGUCAGACAACGCUGGCUCAGUGGAGAGCCCCUGGUGGUUGAGGCCAUGAAGGGUUUUGCGGAGCUGACUGACCAGGCCAGGCUAGCAUUGCAGGGCAGGGACUGGAGCCGACUGGCUCAGCUGAUGGACCAGAACUUUGAGCUGCGCAGGUCAGUGUACUCUGAAGAGUGUCUGGGACCAGGAAACCUGAAAAUGGUGCAGCUGGCUAGACAGUUUGGCUCUGCAGUGAAGCUUCCAGGAAGUGGAGGAGCAGUGGUGGGUCUGUGCCCAGACCAGGACCAUCUGGUGGAGAUGAGGAAGGCGUUCCAGGAGGCCGGCUGUGUGUUCUGUGUCAUUGUCCCCUACAACCCAUCUGCUAGCCUACAUAGCUGCCAGGAUUGAGCAGGCAUUAUAUUCGUAACUGAAUCAAUCAACUGUAUAAUCUGUAAAAUAAUGAAAUAAGAGCAAUAUUUUUUUUAUUGAUUUGGGUCAGUGUGAUCCGUAAUUGAGUAGGAAUGAAUUGUGAGGACGGAUGUUGGAGAAAAGAUCAUGCAUUCUAGAUAUACUGCCAUAUGUGAUGUUUUUAAAUUAGGCUAUACAA